UAAAUAAAAAAAAGAAAACAUGAAGGAAGGAAAUGGCGGUCUUCCACCGACGCCAUAAUAGUCGAACGGCCAAAUCCACAGUGCACCCCAUCUCCCCUCCUCUUCCCCCUUCUCACGCUUUCUCCUUUGUUCCCUCGUGGAACCCCAGGAGCCUCCGCUAGGGUUUCUAUCCCCACCGCUCGAUCCCUCCUAAACCCUAGCUCGAUCGCCGCCUCAACCCGAUCACAUGAAGCGCGCCUUCGACGAGAUAUCCGACGACGAGUGGGAGCGCCACACUUUCAGGCCCUCGAGAGUCCUCAAGAGAACGAAGACCCCCUCGCCUCCCCCCAUCGAAUCCUUUGCUUAUCGUCCCAAAGCCCUUGGCGGCUACUCCAGUUCCAACGCCACCGGAUCCUUCGAGAGCCCCGUCAAUUUGGACGACGACGAUGAGGAAGAAAACGCGGAGCUGAAGGUGGUGCGGCCGCCGCAGGGCGGUGGACGGGGCCGGCGGUUCGUAGUGGAUGAAGAUAGUGAGGCGGGGAACGCAGUGGAGGUAUUAGAAGUCCGGUCUACUACGGUUGAUGACGAGGAGAUUUCUUGGACGGACGAGGAUGACGUAGAGGCCUUGUCGGAGGAGGCAGUGGUUACGGCUGAGGAAGAGGAGGUAGAAGAGGUGGAUGUUGUCGGCAAAGCUCUGCAGAAGUGUGCAAAGAUAUCGUUGGCACUGAGACGGGAGCUGUAUGGUUCGUCGGUUUCCAAUUGCGAUAGAUAUGCCGAGGUUGAAGCUUUCUCCAGCAGGAUUGUCACUCAGGAAGAUAUAGACGCUGUAUUUUUUGAUGAAGAAUCGGACUUUGAGCCAAUUUUGAAGCCUUAUCAGCUUGUUGGUGUAAAUUUUCUUCUACUGUUGUACAGGAAAAAUAUUGGUGGAGCCAUCUUGGCAGAUGAGAUGGGACUUGGUAAGACAGUGCAGGCUGUAACAUAUCUAAACCUGCUGAAACACCUGGACAGGGACCCAGGUCCUCACCUGAUUGUUUGCCCAGCUUCAGUUCUAGAGAACUGGGAAAGAGAACUGAAAAGGUGGUGUCCAUCAUUUUCUGUCAUCUUAUUUCAUGGAAGCGGGAGAACAACUUACUCAAAGGAAUUAAGCUCGUUUGGCAAGGCUGGCUUGCCUCCUCCUUUCAAUGUUCUACUUGCAUGCUACUCAUUAUUUGAACGUCACAGUGCUCAACAAAAAGAUGACCGCAGGAUAUUGAAGCGAUGGCAAUGGAGCUGUGUGCUAAUGGAUGAAGCUCAUGUUUUAAAGGAUAGGAAUAGCUACCGAUGGAAAAACCUUAUGUCCAUUGCACAAAGUGCACGCCAACGCCUGAUGUUAACUGGAACACCGCUUCAAAAUGAUUUGCAUGAGUUGUGGUCAUUGUUGGAAUUCAUGAUGCCCGAUAUUUUUGCCACUGGGGAUGUUGACCUGAAAAAGCUAUUGAACGCAGAAGAUAGUGAUUUGAUUCCACGUAUAAAAUCGAUUUUAGGGCCAUUCAUCUUAAGGCGCUUGAAGUCAGAUGUUAUGCAGCAACUUGUUCCAAAGAUACAACAUGUUCAGUAUGUUUACAUGGGUUCAGAACAAUCAAUGGCAUAUGCCAAAGCCAUAAAUGAGUACCGUGCAGCUUCUGAGGCUCGUGUUUUGAAGUCUACCACAUGCAAAUCUGGUGGUGUUGGUGGUCUCCUCCCCAAACGCCAGAUUUCCAACUAUUUUAUGCAGUUCCGGAAGAUAGCAAAUCAUCCCUUAUUAGUUAGACAAAUAUACAGUGAUGAAGAUGUUGUUUGUGUUGCUAAAGUGUUGUAUCCAAAGGGUGUAUUUGGAUUUGAAUGUAGCAUACAAAGAGCCAUUCAAGAGAUCAAGAGUUAUAAUGAUUUUGAAAUACACCGGCUUUUGAUUUCAUAUGGUAACAAUGGUACGAAGGGUGCUUUAACAGAUGAACAUGUCCUGGCUUCAGCAAAGUGUCAGGCUUUGGCCGAACUUUUACCUCUUCUGAAAAAGGAUGGACACAGAGUCCUGAUAUUUAGCCAGUGGACCACGAUGCUUGAUAUAUUAGAAUGGACAUUGGAAGUCAUAGGUGUCACAUACAGACGCUUGGAUGGAAGUACUCAAGUGCUAGAAAGACAAACUAUAGUGGACACCUUCAACAAUGAUCCAUCUAUCUUUGCAUGCUUGCUCUCAACAAGAGCUGGAGGACAGGGGCUUAACUUGAUUGGAGCUGACACAGUCAUCAUCCAUGAUAUGGAUUUUAAUCCACAAAUGGACCGGCAAGCUGAAGAUCGUUGUCAUCGUAUCGGCCAAGAUAAACCGGUUACUAUUUACAGGUUUGUAACCAAGGAUACUGUUGACGAGAACAUAUAUGGGAUUGCAAGGCGGAAGCUGGUCUUGGAUGCUGCAGUGCUCGAAUCUGGAGCUGAACUGGACAAUGAAAACGAUGUACCAGAGAAGACUAUGGGAGAAAUUUUGUCUGCACUUCUCCUGUGAAGUGACUCACAUAUGAGCAGAAUCCAAUCCGAGUGUGGUUCCUGCUAUGUUAAGGCUAAUUCACAGUUAGUAGCUGAUCCAUCCUUCUGACAGUUGGAAGGCACACCACCAUGAUGUAGGUUCCUACUAUCCUAUCACUCAAACUUCUAUUAAUUUAUUAGUGAUUGCUUUUACAAGAUGAAGAGGAUUCCUGGUGCCUAAUGAAUAACUGGUCGGGAAAGACUUUAUUUUUCAAAAAUUUCUUGCAUAUUGAGAUCAAUAUAUAUUAUUAGAAUUGUAGUAGAGUAUACAGAUCCUACUGGAGUAGAGGGUGAUCUCUAUAUGAUUUUUUUUUCUUGGUGAACGAGAGUCCUGUCUUUUUUUUUUUCCUUGAGAUCCCCUGUAACAUUGAUAUUUUGUUCCCAUUAUUGCAAUGUAUGGUUGGGAAAUGUAGACAUACGCACUCGUCUACAAGGAUAGUUGACUCUUGAUUA